AUGCCUUCGCUUGCACUCUCAAGCGCAGAAGACAAGAACAAAGUAAGGCGUGCUUUGCCAACUGCCAAAAUUUAUGCGGCUACAGUCGCUCGAUUGUACGUUGCGUAUCCCAAUCCACACAAAUGGGCCUAUUCCAAUAUCUGGGGCGCUGUUGCGUUCCUCAAAGACAAAAAGACACACUCGCUGUACAUUCGCAUCAUUGACUUGAUACAUCAUAAAGGUGUAAUCUGGGAACAAGAACUCUACGACGGAUUCGAAUUCACCAAGCAUACCCCAUUCUUUUACUCUUUUGCCGCAGAUGAAUACAUGGCUGGAUUAUCGUUCUCGGAUGUAGAGGAUGCCAAUGUAUUUUACACAAAGAUCUCUACCAGGGAAAGCAACUCAAAAACCAGUAGUAAGGCCAGUAGCAGCAGCAAAAGCAAAAAGAAGAAGGAAACAAGCGGUAAAAGACCCAAGGGAAAGUUGGAUAAAACUCAAAUUGGUUUACCCUCUGAAUUCAGACAUUUGGGUCAUAUUGGCUAUACGCCGGAUAAAGGGUUCAGUGUGCAGAACACUGGCCCUGAGUGGAACGGUUUGUUUGAUCAGUUAAAGGAUCUUGGUAUUUCAGCUGAAGAGCUUCAUGAGAACGAGGACUUUAUCAAAGAGUUUGUUAAUGAGAGAGGCGGUCCGCCUGCACCUCCACCCCGUCCUUCUGACUCGAUGGGCUCAAGGGCUCGUGUUCCUCCUCCUCCACCAUCAAGACGUCAUGCUCCUCCACCUCCUCCUGUUGGUGGAAGAAGACCUCCACCACCACCUCCUCCCAGCCGUCGAGCAGCUCCACCACCACCCAGUCGUUCGCAUAUCCAGGCACCACCUCCACCUCCACCAGUUCGACAACCAUCGAACAACUACCAUGAAGAGGGUACAUAUCAGUCGACCCCUAUUUCCAGCGCUCCACCUCCAGUGCCAAACUUUUCUUCGCAUCAAAUGUCACCUCCUGGUAACGCAAUGCCACCUCCACCACCUGUGAGAUCUCAACCACCGCCUCCUCCACCUCCUCCACAGCAGAGUUACAGUGAGAGUUCCAGCAGAUCAGUGCCUCCACCUCCUCCUAUGCGAUCCCAACCCACGCAUGAGGGUAGUCCUUCUCGCUCCAUUCCACCUCCACCUGUCAUGCCACAAGCAACAAAGUCCAACAAUCCAUACAAGAUGGUUCAUCAAGAGCAGCAAGCAUUCUCUCCCCCUGCUCUUGAGUCACCACAACAAUUUUCUUCACCUCCAGCACCACCACUUCCUCCUGUGGCAAUUCCUCCUCCUCCACCUCAACCUCCAGUUCAACCACCACAGCAACAGCAAGUGUAUCAACAAGAGCAUGAACCAGAAGUGGCAUCCCAAUACAGUAAUACGUAUGAGGACGAUGACGAUUUUUACGAUGCUCCAGAAGCACCCGCACCUCCACCAUUGCCGUCCAUGCCUCAUCGCUCAGUGCCUGCUGCUCCUCCACUUCCACCUAUGCCAUCAGGAAGAUCAGUUCCUCCUCCUCCACCUCCUCCACUUCCCAACAGAGAUAGAAGAGGCCCUCCUCCUCCACCCAUGGGACAAAGACCCAAUGUGAGAUCCAAUGCUCCACCUCCGCCUCCAAUGCCUCCCAUGAUGGGAUCCAGUGCUAAUGGUGCUCCUCCACCACCGCCUCCCCCUCCUCCUCCUCCAAUGACUUCCAUGAACGGUGCUCCACCCCCACCUCCACCAAUGCCUCCUAUGGGUGGCGCUCCUCCUCCACCUCCACUUCCUCCCACUGCAAGCUCUGGUGGUGCUGGGUCUCCUUUGCCUGCUUCUACUGAGCCUCGUAACGCUUUAUUAGAUGCUAUUCGCGGCGCUGGUGGCAUCUCAUCACUCCGCGCCACUCCUGUUGAAGCACGCAAAGACCGUAGUAGUCCGUUGGCAAGCGCAGGUGCAGGUGCCGCUGCUGGAGGAGGUGCUGCCGCUGGCGGCGAUUUAGCAACUAGUUUAUUAGCAGCAUUGAAUGAUCGUAAAAAGGCUAUUCAAUCAGACAAUGAUUCGGACAGUGAUGAUGGCAGUGAAUGGGAUGAUUAA